ACGCGAUUAUUCAACGAAUUUCUGUGCUGGUUCAAAAGUACGUGACGAUUUUGGUACAUACUUUACGGGAUCGGGAUUUAGCUUCCCGUUACGAGCAUUUACGUAGCUUGAAGAGAAAGUUUGUCCAUUUUAGUAGAACGGUACAGACAUGAUGCAACUUUAUCAGUCAUGUAACAGCGUUUAAUACAAAUUUAACAAAUUUCAAAAAGUUGCCUUCCGAGGCUUCAAGAUCAUUAUAAAAAGACUGUCAAGUUUGUUGAAAACUUUGAAAAGUAAUAUGCCAGUCGAAUGUACAUAUAAUUCGAAGAAGAGUUGAGAAAUAGCAUGCAUCAGUGAUAACAAGUUUCAUCGAUGGAAAAUCGAUCCGCUUGUGCAGUUUGUGGAGGUGAAUCGGUCUUUAAAUGCAGUGCAUGCGGAAAUGUUUAUUAUUGCAGUAAAAAGCACCAGAAAGAAGAUUGGAAACGACAUGUACAAUUUUGCAGGGCAUUUAAGUUGGCAGAAAGUUCUAGUUUGGGUCGCUAUUACAUAGCAGCGAGGAAUAUUAAAGCAGGAGAAAUAGUUUUGAAAGAUGAUCGACCUCUGGUAGCAGGUCCUAUGCACAAUUCUGUUCCCGUAUGCCUCGGAUGCUAUAUGGUGUUGCAUGAAAAUACAGCGGUGCCUUGUACAAAAUGUGGUUGGCCUCUGUGUCAGAACUGCAAAGAACACGGAACAGAGUGCGAUUUUACCUCCUCUCGCAGAAGCGAUAAGGUAUCCAUCACAAAAUUCGGAUAUCCACAUCCAAGCUAUCAAUGUAUUAACGUUAUAAGAGCACUGUCACUCAAGGACAAUAAUAUAGAAUCCUAUAACAAAUUACUAACCCUCGAGAGUCAUUCUGAUAAAAUAAAGAAUAAAGAGACCUUCAUUUUCGAAGAGUCGUCGAACCUCGUAAAUUUCAUCAAGAGGUUUUUCAAGUCCGAAGAUAUACCGGAAGAAGACAUUAGGAAAAUUAUCGGUGUCUUGCAGGUUAACGGACACGAAGUGCCUCUAACAGAUCCACCAUAUGUGGCAGUGUACGAAUUGGCAUCCUUGCUCGAACAUAACUGUAAAGCAAAUUGCUCAAAGAGUUUCACCGACACGGGUGGAUUAAUUAUUCACGCUGCCACACCUAUCACUAAAGGAGAUCAUAUUUCUAUAUGUUACACGGAUCCAUUAUGGGGGACAAUGAACAGGAGACACCAUCUUCUUGAAACGAAAUAUUUUGAGUGUACUUGCGAUCGAUGCAGGGAUCCAACGGAAUUCGGAGCUAUGUUUAAUGCUAUUAGGUGCAGCGAAAUCGAUUGUUCAGGAUACGUCUUACCGAAAACGUUUCUCGGGGAUCAUCGGGAGGAUUACGUCUGUACAAAUUGCACUACAGUUGUUCCCCUCGAAAUAAUCGAAGAAACGUUGGAAGAUAUUGGUAUACAUCUGUCAGAAAUGAGGAAAAACGACAUAGAUGUCUGCAAAGAGUUCUUGAAUCGCUAUAAGAACGUCCUUCAUCCUAAUCAUUUUUACAACAUUGAUGUGACGAUUGCUCUGGCUCAGUUAAUUGGACAACAGAGUGGAUUAGAGGCGGUUGAGGAAGAGCUGUUGGUCGAAAAAAAAGAAUCGUGCAAGAAAUUGGACAAUUUGCUGAAAUUGCUCGCACCUGCUGAAAAUCGAAUUCGAGGGUUGAUUCUGUUCGAAAUGCAUGCUACUCUCGCAGAACUUAGCAGAAGACGUACAGAUGGGGAUACCGUGCUGUUAUUACUGGAAUCGAAGAAGUGUUUGAUCGAUGCUUACGAACUGCUGAAAUACGAACCGAAGGUUCUACCAGAGGGAAAAAUAGCUGGCACAGCGAAGAAAAAUUUACAAAAAAUCAACGAGGUUCUUAAGCAAUUUAACGUAAUGGCUAAUCAGUGUGCUUGAAGACUAUUGUUACAUUUAAAAUAUUUUAAUCUUUGUUACUAUGGAAGAAACUAUAGGAAAGAUAUAUAAGUAGAAACAUUUUAGUAAUAAAAUAUACUUCAAGAACGUAUCAUGAGACCGCCUUAUUUGAAACUGCAUUUUACGUUUCAAAAAGAUGAUUCCAGAAAUUACAUCAGUAUACUAAUUACUUUGUUUGUACAUCUUUGUGUAGAUUG